ACUGCUGCAACCAAGAUGUCGUUUGAUUCAAAAGUUGUGAUUGUUACUGGCGCUAGUUCUGGCAUUGGCGCAGCAAUAGCUAUUGCGUUUGCUAAAGAGAGUGCUAAUGUCAUAAUUGUAGGACGAAAUGAAGAAAAUUUGCGAAAAGUAGCAAAGCAGUGUGAAAUCAACAAUCGUAUUCCAUAUGUUAUUAAUGCCGAUAUAACUAAUGAGAACGAUACAAAAAGAAUAAUUGAUGAAACUAUAAAUAAAUUUAAUAAACUCGAUAUUUUGGUAAAUAACGCUGGUAUCCUACGUACUGUUGAUCUUUCUAAAGAUGAUAAUAUUAUGGAAAACUACGAUGAAGUUAUGAAGACCAAUGUUCGGUCUGUUGUGGAUUUGACAAGGCUGGCAACACCAUUUCUGAUUCAAAGUAAAGGAAAUAUUAUUAAUAUAUCAAGUAUCUCUGGAAGAAAAGUGUUUAGGGGCCAAAACACACUUUACUGUAUGUCAAAAGCAGCUCUGGAUCAUUAUAUGAGAGGUAUGGCUAUUACUUUAGGAAAAUAUGGUGUACGAGUAAAUAACGUGAGUCCUGGUCCGGUAAAGACAGAUAUUUUUGCUCGAGCUGGUAUUACAGCGUCCUUUGAAGAAAUGGGAUUUAAAACCCUGCUAGACCGCUUGGGUGAGCCUGAAGAAAUCGCAGAUAUAGUAAUAUUCUUGGCAAGCGAUAAAGCAAAAGGUGUAACUGGUUCAAUCUAUACAUCAGAUAAUGGCUACCUACUUUGUAUGCAACAAUAAGAACAACAUAAUUUGUGAUAACAUAACUUUAUUUGAUUUUUCAAAAGAGUUAACGUAAUAAAUAAUGCUUGGUUGAUUG